UUAACAGCGACGUGUUUACUGCGACCGGCUCUCUAGUCAUUUGCCAGCAGGCAGGCGGAAGGCACACACAAACUAAAUCCAAAUCGAAUUGGCGGACAGACAGAUACGUAUACACAGGCCAUAGACCAUACAUCAUAGACCAUAGACCGGCGAUGAGUAGCGGCGAUAAGGACGGUGAUAUCUUGCGGCCACUUAGCGAUAGCGAAGUGGACGAACUGCUCGAUCUGUACAAAGCCAAGUUCGGGGUAAAGAACUUCCACUACCUACUGCUGUACAACCAGCGGAAGUGGGACCGCCAGCUAGGCGAGGCUCAGAUACCGCGCGACUGUCCGAACUACAUAUCCCUGAGGAAGCAGUUCUACACCCAUCGAAGGGGAAACUUCCGGGAGUGGGGCACCUAUGUGAGCCUCCAUCGGGACAUCGUGCAGAGCGUUUCCUUCUUUAGCUGGCAGUCAGAUGGAGCUGCGGAGCUAUGGGAGUGCCUGGAGCACACGCAGCUCAUCGAGUGGACACAGGGCGCCCUGCUGACCAACGUGGACCUGGGAUUUUGUGAUCGGGUCAAGGAGUUGGCUGUCAGACGCGGAGUCACCUCGAUUCAAUCUCGCCAGUGCUUCGGGAUGGUUUUGUCGCACGAGGAUGCCUUAGGCGCAGAAGUUCCGGAGCUGCUCUCCGAGUUCGACAUCCGGCGGCUGCGGGACGAGGAUGCGGCCAUGGUGCACGAUUCCUGGCCCAACAAGGGUGAGGGAUCACUCACCUAUCUCAGGGCGCUCAUCCGCUUCAACAAAUCCUUGGGCGUCUGUCGAAGCGACACUGGGGAGCUGAUUGCCUGGAUAUUCCAGAACGACUUUUCCGGACUGGGCAUGCUGCAAGUGCUGCCCAAGGCGGAGCGCAGAGGACUAGGUGGCCUCCUGGCCGCUGCGAUGACCCGACAAAUUGCCCGGGGUGAGGAGGUCACCCUCACGGCCUGGAUUGUGGCUACUAACUGGCGGUCGGAGGCGCUGCUCAAGCGGAUCGGGUACCAGAAAGAGCUGGUCAAUGAGUGGAUCAAGUUGGUGCACAAUACUUCAUAGACGCACCACCGCUGGAGGGCAAUUGCCGCAACUGGUGACGAUGGUGGAUUCCGUUGGAUACCGGUGGAUUCCGGUAAUUAGGUUGGGUCAAGAAGCACUCUUGGCGAUUUGCAUUUGCUAUGCCUAUGUACAUGGUCAACAAUUUUAUUUUGGCAUUUAACAUGCGCUCACGCUUUCUGAAUACACUUUACGGCUUAAUCAAAUUCAAAAA